AUGCAAUACGGAGGAAAUGGAAAUAGUUUUGGCAAUUCUAUAACGAAUGGAUCUUAUUCAUUUUCUAAUCCAAUAUUUGCUUCAUUAGCUGGUUAUUCAUCUAUGGCACUUCUAAAAAUGCUUGGUAUGUCAACUUAUACAAUUAUUCAACGUUUUCGCACAGGAAAUUUUCCUACACCAGAAGAUAAUAUUUAUAAACAAUUAAUGAAUCAAUUAGGUCUUUCUACUACUAAUAAUAAUAAUCUAGGAAAUAAAAAUGAUACAAUUGAACGUGCACGAGAAAAUCAUUUAAAUGAUUUGGAAAAUAUUAUACCAUUUAUCUUAGUUGGCCUAUUUUAUGUUGGUACACGACCAAAAUUUGAUUGUGCACUUUGGCAUUUUCGAAUCUUUCUUCUUUCUCGUAUACUAUAUACUAUUGCUUAUCAAGUUCCAUUACCUCAACCAACACGUACAAUUUCAUGGUUAAUAGGUUAUUCAAGUAUAAUUUCAAUGUCAAUACCAAUACUUCGUUCCAUACAAUUCUAA